CGGACCGCUGUGAGUCCUGAUCGUGCCCGAUAGCGUCAUUUAAUAUGAUGGAUCGCUACUCUCCUCUCCCGCACGUGCUGCUUUGCCUGUUGUUGUUUUGUACAACAAACGCUUACGAAGGAGAUAUUGGAAAUGGACCAUGGAAGCUGGCAUUAAAAGUCCCGAGGGGAGUCCAGGCUCCCGGAUAUUCCAGCAUAGAAGACCUAUGGAAUUCGGCCAAUACAUUGAACGACAAUGAUAUCGGAGCCAUGACAGACUUUAGUUCCGGCGGCAAGGUCUACAAAGGGUCUAUUACUAACGACUGGGGCACAAAAACAGCUGUCUCGCACGUAAAGCUGUCCGCCUUCAAGGAUGGUAUUGAAAAAGCCUAUGUAGUCUUUGAUGCUUUUGGCAAAACAAAGACUACCUUCAUGGACUGUAACAAAGUUGUCCAUUCCUCGUGGUCUGACCUGAAAGGAAAUUCGUUCAAUUAUUGUAAUAUACCUGGACACAGUAGCAUUGCCCGUACAUUCUUCAUCAAUAGAAGUUACGCUGGUUGUAAUAGCGAUUACGGAUGGUUUAUACUGAAAGACUACGAUCAGACUGGCGGCUGUAGUAACUGGGACACUGCCACUGGAAACCCCAAGGUCAUGUAUUCCGCAGACUCUACAUACAUCAACUGGGCCUAUGGAAACAGACAGACCGGCGAUUCCUUUGCCAUUUUCGUUCUUGAAUGGAAAAUGGUGUUCAAGGGCGUUGAUGGAGUCGAGUCCUCAGCCGGAUCGCUAUUGGAACUGUGGGAUGGUUCUAAUACUGAAAACGCCAAUGACGUCAGCGCCAUCACUGUAACCAAGGCUCCAAGCAAGACUUAUAAAUCUGCUGUGCUUGAGAAAUGGUCUGCACAGCUUGUCGAUCAAGUUCGUUACUCCUACUUCACUGGGGGUACCGAGGUGGCCUACACUGUGUUCAACGGGCGCGGAUCCGACAAAAAGUCAUGGUUUUCAAAUGCCAACAUUAUCUACUCUAAGUACACCGACAUGACAAGCAAGACCAAAGUCGCUUGUUCUAUCGACGGGGACAGUACUCGCAAAUUCUCCAUACAUCACAGAUACGAUGGCUGCCCCAAUGACGAGAUUUGGAUGCAGGUUCUAGACAAACGUGGUGGUGGCGCCCCCUGCUCCUGGGAUCAGAACGUGAGAACACGGCCUUAUUUCCUCUAUAGUGCAGGAACAACGGUCGUCACGGCUCAGUCAGGAGGUAAUUGGAACAGCGCCGGUUUCCCGGCAGCAGAAACCCUGGGCAUCUUCAUCACAGGCUGGACCCCGGUGAUGAAGCUGGCUCACGGUCAGAGUAUUGGAGGGGCCGCUGAUGUACGUGACCUUUGGAAGGGAACCUACACAGUUAACGAAGGGGAUGCUAACGCCAUGUCAAUUGCGGCUGGGACAAAACCCUACAAGUCUUCAAUAGUGGACAACUGGUCUGACUAUUACAUCAGCGCUGUUCGGAUAUCCUUUAUUACCGGAGGAAAAGAAAAAGCUUUCGUCGUAUUUGAUGCUCAUGGUGCUGACAAGAACAGUUGGUUUUCCAAAGCUAGAAUUCUGUAUUCGUCCUGGAAUGAUCUUGGCGUAUCAUCAACCUCCAACUACGAUUCCAUUGAUGGACAUAGCUCGCUUAACCGCCACUUCUAUAUGAACCGAAACUACGGCGGAUGUCCAAAUGAUUUCGGAUGGUUCAUUGUGACAGAAGUAGCAGGUACCGCAUGUAGUUGGGAAACAAAGACCAACACCAAGCCAUAUUUCUUGUACAGCGACGCAACGGAGUCUGAACUAUCUAAUAAUCAAGUUUUAGCUGACGUGUUCACCAUCUCGGUUUCGAUGGACAUGUGUAAUCCCAAUCGUUGUGGUAAUGGCGCCACCUGUAUUGAUCUGGGGGCAACAUACGAGUGCGCAUGCAGCGGAAACUACUUUGGAACCAAUUGCGAGAACUUAAACGGUGGAUUUUCAAACUGGAGUGCCUAUGGAGCAUGUACGAUGACAUGUGGAAGUGGAACUAAGACCAGAACGAGAACAUGUAACAAUCCAGCACCUGUAGGAAGUGGAUCAGCCUGUGUUGGAAGUACCACGGAUACCACUUCCUGUAAUAUUGCGUCAUGCGCAAUUAACGGUGGUUGGUCCUCCUGGGGCGGAUGGGGAUCCUGUUCGAGAACUUGCGGUGGUGGAACUCAAGAGAAAACCAGAUCAUGCACCAACCCUUCGCCACAACAUGGCGGCGCCAAUUGUCCGAAUUCUGGAACAGCCAGUCAAUCCUGCAACACUGCCAGCUGUCCAAUCGAUGGUGGUUGGUCCUCCUGGGGUGGAUGGGGAUCAUGUACCGUAUCAUGCGGUGGUGGAAGUCAACAGAAAACUAGAUCAUGCAAUAAUCCUUCUCCACAACAUGGCGGCGCCAACUGUCCGAAUUCUGCAACAGCCACUCAAUCCUGCAACACCCAUAAUUGUCCGAUCGAUGGUGGUUGGUCCUCGUGGAGCGGCUGGGGAUCCUGUACUGUAUCAUGUGGUGGUGGAUCUCAACAGAAAACUAGAACGUGUAGCAACCCGUCACGGCAGUAUGGAGGUGCUGACUGCGCCAACAAUCCAGCCACUGUAACAGCAAGCCAGACUUGUAACACGCACAAUUGUCCAAUUGACGGCGGAUGGACAUCGUGGGGUAGCUGGACUACAUGUACUGUGACCUGUGGAGGCGGUUCACAAGAGCGAGUUCGUUCAUGUACAAAUCCGACCAAACAGUACGGUGGAGCCGACUGUCCAAAUCUCAGCUCUGGGGCCACUUCCGUACAGGCAUGCGGAACAAUUAACUGUCCAAUUGACGGCGGCUACGGAAGCUGGAUGGCGUGGGCGUCAUGUUCUGUCUCGUGCGGGGGAGGUACCCGUAGUAGAGGCCGUCUCUGUGACAACCCCUACCCUCAGUACAAUGGAGCUCAGUGUGUCGGGCCUGAUACUACCAGUGAGACGUGUAACACACAAGUCUGCAUCAUUGACGGCGGAUGGGGUGGUUGGUCAGCAUACGGAGCCUGUACAAAAACCUGUGGGACGGGUGUCUACUCGCGGUCGAGGGCGUGUGAUAGCCCCCUUCCGGCCAACGGCGGAAAUCCCUGCGGUGGGGCUUCUAGUGAAUUCUCAGACUGUAAUACGAAUGCUUGUCCUGUAGCGGCAGCUGGGGUUUAUCAACAGCUUUGUCCAUCAAGCUGGUUUACAUGUGAAUCAGGAGCUAUGACUUGUAUCAUGUUAAGCAUGAAAUGCGACUGUUCCAAUGAUUGCGACGACGGAAGUGACGAAACGACCGGAUAUGCCGGAUGUGACCCAGAGCUGAUGGCCAUGUGCGAAUCUGGUGCAGAACAUGCACUAACGUCCAUUUCGCUGCUGGUCCUCUGUCUGGUUGCUGCUAUAUAUAAGAACAUAUAUAUGUCAAAACCAACACGGACCGCUGUGAGUCCUGAUCGGGUCCCGAUAGCGUCAUUUAAUAUGAUGGAUCGCUACUCUCCACUCCCGCACGUGCUGAUAUACCUGCUGUUGUUUUGUACAACAAACGCGUACGAAGGAGAUACUGGAAAUGGACCAUGGAAAUUGGCAUUAAAAGUCCCGAGUGGAGUCCAGGCUCCCGGAUAUUCCAGCAUAGAGGACCUAUGGAAUUCGGCCAAUACAUUGAACGACAAUGAUAUCGGAGCCAUGACAGACUUUAGUUCCGGCGGCAAGGUCUACAAAGGAUCUAUUACUAACGACUGGGGCACAAAAACAGCUGUCUCGCAUGUAAAGCUGUCCGCCUUCAAGGAUGGUAUCGAGAAAGCAUAUGUAGUCUUUGAUGCUUUCGGCAAAACAAAGACUACCUUCAUGGACUGUAACAAAGUUGUCCAUUCCUCCUGGUCUGACCUGAAAGGCAACACCUUCAACUAUUGUAAUAUACCUGGACACAGCAGCAUUGCCCGUACAUUCUUCAUCAAUAGAAGUUACGCUGGCUGUAAUAGUGAUUACGGGUGGUUUAUACUGAAAGACUAUGAUCAGACUGGCGGCUGUAGUAACUGGGACACUGCCACUGGAAACCCCAAGGUCAUGUAUUCCGCAGACUCUACAUACAUCAACUGGGCCUAUGGAAACCGACAGACCGGCGAUUCCUUUGCCAUUUUUGUUCUUGAAUGGAAAAUGGUGUUCAAGGGUGUUGACGGAGUCGAGUCCUCAGCCGGAUCGCUGUUGGAACUGUGGGAUGGUUCUAAUACUGAAAACGCCAAUGACGUCAGCGCCAUCACUGUAACCAAGGCUCCAAGCAAGACUUAUAAAUCUGCUCUGGUGGAGAAAUGGUCUGCACAGCUUGUCGAUCAAGUUCGUUACUCCUACUUUACUGGAGGUACCGAGGUGGCCUACACUGUGUUCAACGGGCGCGGAUCCGACAAAAAGUCAUGGUUUUCAAAUGCCAACAUUAUCUACUCUAAGUACACCGACAUAACAAGCAAGACCAAAGUCGCUUGUUCCAUUGACGGGGACAGUACUCGCAAAUUCUCCAUACAUCACAGAUACGAUGGCUGCCCCAAUGACGAGAUUUGGAUGCAGGUUCUAGACAAACGUGGUGGUGGCGCCCCCUGCUCCUGGGAUCAGAACGUGAGAACACGGCCUUAUUUCCUCUAUAGUGCUGGAACAACGGUCGUCACGGCUCAGUCAGGAGGUAAUUGGAACAGCGCCGGUUUCCCAGCAGCAGAAACCUUGGGCAUCUUCAUCACAGGCUGGACCCCGGUGAUGAAGCUGGCUCACGGUCAGAGUAUUGGAGGGGCUGCUGAUGUACGUGACCUUUGGAAGGGAACCUACACAGUUAACGAAGGGGAUGCAAACGCCAUGUCAAUUGCGGCUGGGACAAAACCCUACAAGUCUUCAAUAGUGGACAACUGGUCGGACUACUACAUCAGCGCUGUACGGAUAUCAUUUAUUACCGGAGGAAAAGAGAAAGCUUUCGUCGUCUUUGAUGCUCAUGGUGCUGACAAGAACAGUUGGUUUUCCAAAGCUAGAGUUCUGUACUCGUCCUGGAAUGAUCUUGGUCCGACUUCAACCACAAACUUUGAUGCCAUUGAUGGGCAUCAGCCUCAUGGGCGUAAUUUUUACAUGAACCGUAAUUAUGGCGGAUGUGGAAGUGAUGCUGGAUGGUUCAUCGUGUCGGAGGUAACCAGCUACGGUUGUAGUUGGGAAACGAAGACAAACGUCAAGCCUUAUUACUUGUACAGUGACGCAGCAGGAUAUGAACUGUCUAAUAAUCAAGUAUUGGCGGAGGUUUUUGCCAUCUCGGUUUCGAUGGACAUGUGCAAUCCCAAUCGUUGUGGUAACGGCGCCACCUGUAUUGAUCUCGGGGCAACAUACGAGUGCGCAUGCAGCGGAAACUACUUUGGAACAAACUGCGAAAACUUAAACGGUGGAUUUUCAAACUGGAGUGCCUAUGGAGCAUGUACGAUGACAUGUGGAAGUGGAACUAAGACCAGAACGAGAACAUGUAACAAUCCAUCACCUGUAGGAAGUGGAUCAGCCUGUGUUGGAAGUACCACAGAUACCACUUCCUGUAAUAUUGCGUCAUGCGCAAUUAACGGUGGUUGGUCCUCCUGGGGCGGAUGGGGAUCCUGUUCCAGAACUUGCGGUGGUGGAACUCAAGAGAAAACCAGAUCAUGCACCAACCCUUCGCCACAACAUGGUGGCGCCAAUUGUCCGAAUUCCGGAACAGCCAGUCAAUCCUGCAACACCGCCAGCUGUCCAAUCGAUGGUGGUUGGUCCUCCUGGGGUGGAUGGGGAUCCUGUACCGUAUCAUGCGGUGGUGGAAGUCAACAGAAAACCAGAUCAUGCACCAACCCUUCGCCACAACAUGGCGGCGCCAACUGUCCAAAUUCUGCAACAGCCAGUCAAGCAUGCAACACGCAUAAUUGUCCGAUCGAUGGUGGUUGGUCCUCGUGGAGUGGCUGGGGAUCCUGUACUGUAUCCUGUGGUGGCGGAUCUCAACAGAAAACUAGAUCAUGUACAAACCCGUCACGGCAGUAUGGAGGUGCUGACUGCGCCAACAAUCCAGCCACCGCAACAGCAAGCCAGACUUGUAACACACACAAUUGUCCAAUUGACGGCGGAUGGACAUCGUGGGGUGGCUGGACUACAUGUACUGUGACCUGUGGAGGCGGUUCACAAGAGCGAGUUCGUUCAUGUACAAAUCCAACCAAACAGUACGGCGGAGCCGAUUGUCCAAACCUCAGCACUGGGGCCACUUCCGUCCAGGCAUGUGGCACGAUUAACUGUCCAAUUGACGGCGGCUACGGAAGCUGGAUGGCGUGGGCGUCCUGUUCUGUCUCGUGCGGGGGAGGUACCCGUAGUAGAGGCCGUCUCUGUGACAACCCCUACCCUCAGUACAAUGGAGCUCAGUGUGUCGGGCCUGAUACUACCAGUGAGACGUGUAACACACAAGUGUGUAUCAUUGACGGCGGAUGGGGUGGUUGGUCAGCAUUCGGAGCAUGUACAAAGACCUGUGGGACGGGUGUCUACUCGCGGUCGAGGGCGUGUGAUAGCCCUCUUCCGGCCAACGGCGGAAAUCCCUGCAGUGGAGCUUCUAGUGAAUUCUCCGACUGUAAUACGAAUGCUUGUCCUGUAGCGGCAGCUGGGGUUUAUCAACAACUUUGUCCAUCAAACUGGUUUACAUGUGAAUCAGGAGCUAUGACCUGUAUCAUGUUAAGUAUGAAAUGCGACUGUUCCAAUGAUUGCGACGACGGAAGUGACGAAACGACCGGAUAUGCCGGAUGUGACCCAGAACUGAUGGCCAUGUGCGAAUCUGGUGCAGAACAUACACUGGCGUCCUUUACUCUGAUUGUCCUCUGUCUGGUCGCCGCUAUAUAUAAGAACUUAUAAUCAACAAAUGGAAUCCGGAGCCAUGGUCAAGACCAAACCAGGACCACAUUUGCCAUGAGGAUGAACUGUUUUAAAGUAUUUUUGUGUGUGGAGUAAAAACUGGAACCGUGUUGUUUGAAGAAACUAUACGAUAUAUCUUUUUGUCCUGACAUGAGUGUUAUGUAAAUUUCUUUCUUAAUGUUCCGGAAUUUAACCCUCUACAACAUUGUCCUCCUUAGUUAUUUACAUUCACUGCUCCGGGUAUAUCAUACAUAUUAAAUGUAAAAAAAAAAAAAAAAAUUAAAUAAAAUAAAGGAAAAUUCAUAAAUGUCCCUGUCCAUCUCAGUCGGCUACGUAUAUACGAUCACCUCUCUGAGUGGUUGGCCUACACGUGAAAUAAACUCUUGUGUAAUUCAUAAGAAAA